GGCUGAGCGGCGGGCGUGCCGCGCUCCCGAGCGUCGCCGGGCUGCCGGCCGCCGAGCAUGUUCGCCCCGAGAGCCGCGCCCCUGAGAGCGACGGGCUGCCCGCCCCGCCCCGCCGCCACGGCCAGCCCCGCGCCCAGGCCGGGUUGAGCCAGGGGCUCGGGUCGGCUGGGGGCCGUCGCUGGCUCCCGCGCUGUCCGCUGCCCCCCUUGGUCCCGCCGCGGGAGCCUCAGACCUGGGCACCGCCGCCGAGGUCCAGGCACGCGAAGAAGCCCCGCCCCUCCGCGGUGGAUCUGUGGGGACAGUGUUGAUGGAUUUUUAGAUUGUUUUCACAUCUUGGCCAUUGUAAAGAGUGCCAACACAGCAUCUCACUUUCAUCAACACUGCUGAAAGAAGAAGAAACAAUGCCAGUGUUAUCCCCUGAAAUCAAAUUUGAUACUUCUAAUGUCACCAGAAAUUCCCUUGACUGUUUUCUGUUUGAGAGUAGUUGGAAGAAAGCAGUUUUGGAAACACAAAAAAUGAAGAAAGCAUUUGGUCUAGAAGAGCUCAAAGAAUGUGUCAAAAUGCCAUAUUUACCAGGACUGCAAAGUUGCCAAAAAAGUGUAAGUUCAAGUCCACUGGAAGUUCAUCCAAGACUGCUGCAUACUGAUACCGAGAUGCCUCCAGUCAGCCCUUCUGGUGACAACCUGUCGAGUUGCCUGCAAGUAUUUUAUUCUCCUCUGCAUAUUGCACAGUGUCCUGUGAGGGAACAGCCAUGGCAAAGCAGGACAAGGAAGACUAAGGAGACAUGCACUGUAGUACCAAUUCAGGAGAGACCAAAGGGAUUUAUAAGGCAUUCUAAUUCUUCAAUCAAUUUUGGUUCUGGUUUCAGCGAUCCUCUUGCUGGAGCACCAUCUCAAUUCUUACAGAGACUUUCCAAAAUGGCCAUAUUGGAGUAUGAUACCAUUUGUCAAGAAACUACUAGAAGACCAAAAAAGGGCAAGAAACGAGACCUGCGAGACUGCUGAUAAAUAUCACGUGGUAUGAUGCUUUCUUCACUGAUAUGUAGGGUUUAUAUAUUUUUCCCUUCUUUUUCUUUUUUUGAUAUGUGAUAUGAUGUGCAAUGAUUUACAUAAAAAUGGAAAUGUAAA